ACUACUGAAAAUAGUUUUUUGGUUUUAAUGAGUAACAACUACUACUGCUUCUAAGUCCCAAGCAAGUUGGAGUUUAGCUAUAUGAACUCUCAUGCCCAUUUUGCUUCAUUCAAUAUUAUAUAAUACAUUUAGUCCGCGUUUGGACAUAAGAAUUGUGAAAUUUGAAGAAAAAGCAGUAGUGUAUGUUUUCAAGUUGAAAAUAGUAUUUGGAAAUUGGAGUUGUUUUUGAAUUUUUGUGAGUGAUUUGGAGUGAAAAUUGUGAAAACAACUUUUUUGGAGUUUUUCGAAUUCCGUAAUUCAAGUUGAAUAUAAGUUCUCUGGGAUAACAUAAAUGCAAGGUAGACUGCAAUCAAAUAUAUGAUCUCGGAAGCCCUCCAACAAUCUUUCAUGGAUACCAAGCGUAGCACAUCAAAUCUACCAUGGAUAUGGGUGAUCGAAACAUUGGCAACUUCCAAUGAGAUAGACACAUCUUUACUCAUCGAUUUGGUUAAGCGAACUCCUGAAGUUUCUGAUGAUGAUAUGGGGAGAAAUGCGAGGGAACUAGUCUCCUUGAGAGUUUUAGAGUCCUUGUCUGUCCAGGAAGUCUCAAAUGCAUCAAAUAAUGAUGCUUCAGUUCCCAGUGAUAAAAUUGAAUUGGAUCGAUCAGUGCGCUGUGAAGAUGUCCUCCGCCACUUAUUUUUGGGGGUCUUAUCAGAUCGAAAAAUGGCUGGGCCAGAGGUGUCCAAAUGGGAUGUUCAGUCAUUUAUUACCAAAAAAAGAUCUUGCUUGCCAAAAUGUGCUUUGCAACAAAUUAAGGAUACUAUUGUAGAUACUACCAAUCCUCUUUCUACAUCCUUGAAAGCGAAGAGCGGAUUGAAGGUCGGCAGUCACUCCAGAGAUGGAGAUUGUUUUAAUGCCGUUGAUUCUAAUGGCACCAAGCAGAGUCGUGAAAUAAGAGGCGGUGAUGGUCAACAUGAACAUGUUUUACCAAGUGGGAAUGCAACUCCUUGUCUGGGGGGAAACACGAAUGGCCUGCAAGAAAAUCAACCUAGGACUCUGGUGCUUUCUAAGAGGAGGAUUGACGCCUCUACUGCUCAUGAAGGAGAACAUAUCGAAACUGAACACAUAUCAGAGAACAGUUCUGACACUUGCAUAAAGGCCUCCAAAAGGUGUAAGCAGGAAGUCAUUAGUCCCAGGCACGAUGCACUUCAUGAUUUUGAAUCAUCUCAAAUAGAUGGUGUUGCAACAGAGUUGUCUGCACAAAUUCCCCAAGCUAUUGUCCAAAAAGGGAACUUGGAAAAUGGAGCUCUUGUUGGGGCCUUGGAUGGUAGUUGUGAGGAUGCUGCGUCAAAAAUGGUUAGACAGAACAUUGAUACCUGUAGUCAUGAUGAUCUGUUGCCUGAAAGAAUGAUUUCAGAGGAAAAGAUUCAAAAUGUUGAAAGUAGCAGCAAAGCUUGUGAUGAAUUGAGAACAUCGAGUGGUUCACCACAGCAGGUAAUUCAUCAGGAUUCUCACACUCAUGGAACUGAAGAUCAUCAGGAGUGCAAUCGGGGAAAUUUAUUCAAAGAUGAACCUUCUGAAGUAGCCAAAAAGAAUAUUGUGGGAAGUGAUGAACCUGAGUUCUCUAGUGACAGUGAUGGAUAUCACAAUGAAAAAACUGGCCUUUCUGUAAAGAGAAUCGAUUUUGUUAACUCUCAGUGCGCUCAGGGUCAAGAUUCCUUGACAACUGAAAAUGGUAGAGAGCUCAAUCUUUGUGUGAAAUGCAAUGAAGGUGGGCAACUGUUGAUUUGCAAUUCGGACACCUGCCCAUUAGUGGUUCACCAGAGCUGCUUAGGUUCUGUCCCCAGCUUCGAUAAUGGACGAAACUUUUACUGCCCCUUUUGUGCAUAUUCUCGUGCAAUUUCUGAGAACCUGGAAUGUAAAAAGAUGUCCUCACUUGCAAGGAAAGAUUUGGCUGCAUUCGUUGGUGUUGGAGCUAGGCGACAAUCAAAGAAAUCCUCACAUAGCUCACGUAGAAAAAAAAAGAACGGGUCUAGAGAGGAUGAAGAAUUGUGCCAUGAAAGAAACAAUAAGGACAUUUUGAAUGAUGAGGUCAAAGAAGCCAGGAGUGCUCCAGUCGGUAGAAAUUCUUUGGACGGUAAAAUUAUGGAGACGCCUUCACCUCAAGCAGAGGCUUCUGUGCCUCAUCAUCCCGAGGAAGCUGGACAAACAUCCAAGAAGUCACCACAUAGAUCGCAUGGAUCAAAGCAGAAACUGUCCAGGGAGGAAGAAGAAUUGUGUCACAAUGAGGACAGCAAGAAGAAUUCUUUGAAUCAGGUGCAAGAAGAACCAGAAAAUGCUCCAGUCAGUAAUAGUUCAGCGAAUGCUGAAGUAACACAGACGGGUUCACCUCAAGCAGAGGCCUCUGCACCUCCUGAACUUGUGAGCAGACAGAGUACUUUUGUAGAAGAAAGUUCUGAAGACGAAGACACGAUUGCUUCCCGAUAUUGUGUGCGAUUUAGGAAUUCAGACAAGAACUAUACCUAUCCUGCAAUUCCUCAAGUGAGGCAGAAGCACAUCCAUCUAAAAAAGUAGAGGAAGAAACAUUAAAGGAGGGAGUGUAGAUAUUUUCAAGUUUUGGCUAGAUGGAAGAAGAUUUUGGAGUUUAGAACUGAUGUUUUCAGAAGGUUGGAUCGUCCCACCUUAGUUGGUUAGGGGCUUGGUCUCGAAUGCUCCCCUUUUGAGAUCUUACUGGCUAUGACUGGAGCCAAAAAGAGGAACCGGCCCCAAGCUGUGGACCUAAAUCUUAAGGGGGCUCGAACCGGCCCAUUUUUCUGUUAAUUAUUUGUCCUUGGUGGGUAUAGAAAGGCUUAGAUGGUGUGCUGUGCCCACUUACCAGGUUUAGUGGUAUUAGAUGGUGUACUGUGCCCACUUACCAGCUUUAGUGGUAUGCUAGUCAACAAUGGUAAUUUUUGUCCUUUUAAUGGCACGUUGUCCUUGUAAUUUUUGGAUUAAUGUGGGUAUAAAAAGGCUUAAAUAGUUUAGUAUGCU